CCAGGCUGGGCUGCAGUGUGCAGGGCUCCAGUCGUGACUCGCUGCCUGGUGCAGAGGUCUCUUUAAAGGCAGGACGGCUAGUAGAUGUCCGAUGCUCCAUGAAGCGUAUUAAAGCGUCUGUCCUGCGUUUGCUGCUACAUCAUCUCAGCUGAUCCGGAGGAUUUCCCUGUGCAGGGCGUACGAGUCCUGCCUAUGCCACAGCAGGAAAACACCAUGGAUUUCAGCGUGAAAAAACUCGCUUCUGAUGCCGGGGUCUUCUUCACCCGUGCAGUGCAGUUCACAGAGGAGAAGUUGGGCCAGGCAGAAAAGACCGAGCUGGACACUCACUUAGAAAACUUGAUUUCCCGAGCCGACAGCACCAAGAACUGGACCGAGAAGAUCUUCAGACAAACAGAGGUGCUCCUGCAACCUAACCCAAUUGACCACACUGGCGCACGUAUAGAGGAGUUCCUCUAUGAGAAGCUGGACAAGAAGCUUCCCUCCAGGACGACCAACGCUGAGCUGCUCGGCCAGUACAUGCUCGAUGCUGCCAAGGACUUCGGCCCCGGGACUCCGUACGGCAGUACCCUGAUCAUAGUAGGAGAACACCAGAAGAGACUGGGAGCGGCGGAGCGCGAGUUCCUCCAGUCCUCGUCUGUUGGCUUCCUGACUCCCCUACGCAACUUCCUGGAAGGAGACUGGAGGACUAUAGCAAAAGAGAAGCGACUUCUGGAGAAUCGACGUCUGGAUCUCGACAUCUGUAAAGCACGGCUGAAAAAAGCGAAGCAGGCAGAAGCCAAAGCAGCGGCUGCACCCGAUUUUCAGGAGACAAGGCCUCGAAAUUAUGUUCUUUCUGCCAGUGCAUCAGCGCUGUUGAGCGAGGAAGUGGACAAAGCAGAGCAUGAGCUUCGUGUUGCUCAGACAGAGUUUGACCGACAAGCAGAGGUCACCAGACUGCUGUUGGAGGGCAUCGGCAGCACUCAUCUGAAUCACUUACGUUGUUUGCAUGAUUUUGCGGAGGCUCAGGCCACUUACUAUGCCCAGUGUCAUCUGUAUAUGCAAGACCUUCAGAGAGAGCUCAGCAGGUGUGCUAACGCAGGUGGCGCCACACACACCUCCACCUCUGCUGGCUGCCCCAAUCCCAUCUCCUCUGCUCUCUUGUCUGAGCCUUCAUCUCCCGGAGCCACGGCGUCCUCCUCCACAUCCUCAGCUCCCCAAAGGCCCGGCGCCCUGACGAUUGAGGACAUGCAGCUGCCCGUCACAGGCGCCCGAAAGGCCAAGGUCCUGUAUGACUACGAUGCCCAUGAUGCCAGCGAGCUUUCCCUCCUGGCUGACGAGCUUAUUACCGUGUACACCGUACCCGGCAUGGACCCUGACUGGCUGGUUGGAGAACGUGGAAACGAAAAGGGCAAGGUCCCGGUCACCUACCUUGAACUGCUGAGCUAAUGGACCAAACAGGACACACACACACACACACACACACACACACACACACACACACACACACACACACACACUUGCAUAAACCUUUACCCAAUGACAGAUGUGUGCAUCCAGCACACCUACUGUACGCUGAUGCAAAAUUUCCCAUUUGCUUAGUGAAGGUUCCUUCUAAAUAUGGAUGAACUAAAGAUGGAAAUGAUGCCCAACAUAUCUAUGUGUAGUAAACCAGCAAUAAAGGUUUUGAUGUGGAGACGUGGGUCACUGAAGACUUCCACGUCCCUCCUCCUCUUCUAGCAAUGUGUUGGUCCAUCCACAAUGUGAGGGACCUGCAGUUAAAACCACAGUUUGAUAGUUUUGGGUCAGUCACGAAACUGAAAGAGGACAUUUUUUCCACACGCUGUCAUAACAAAGGAAGAUUGUUGGCGGAAUAUGUAUUUCUAACACAGUAGUAAGGCAUGGAGCAUGCAGAGACAAUGUACUGUAAUGCAGAGCAAAGCAGAGCCAUGCAUAGACAUGACUGUAUCUCUAGCCAUGUGAGUUGUUGAUAUGAAGAGCAGUGUAAGAUGAUUUAGCUCUAACCUGUCGUGUCGUGAUGUGUGCAAAACACAGCAGACUCAUGCAUAGACAUUAUGCAUAAGGCAUAAGAUUUUGUGAAUUAGAUCCAACCUGUUGUGACGUGAUGUGCCCCACCCCUCGCCCCCGCACCUGUGCUUUCAAAACCCCGUUAAUCUCAGAAGGCAUUCACUUGAGAAAAACAAAAACAAAAAACUGCACUGUUUUUCUGAAUUAACAAGAUAAUUCAGAAUUCUGAGAAAAGUUUUCAUUGUAACAAAUCUGCUCUUUUUUGAAUAAGGUAAUUAUCCCAGUACUUAAUUUAGAAAAACAGCAGAAUUUCUCUCUCCAUUUUUUAAGACCAAUUUGUUUUUAUUGCUUUUUUUUUUUUUAUUCCCCAGUAGGGCAGCAGAAAGGCAUGACAUUUGUAACAUUAUUACAAAUCUAAUACAUACAUGCAUACAUUGUCUUAUGAAUAAAUACAUACACAUGAAUAAAUUCACAUCACUCUAAAAAAAAUCCCAUGAAAACUUUUCUCAGAAAUCCAAGGGAAUUAUCGCAUUAAUUCAGAAAAAUGGCAGAAUUUUGUGAAUGCAUUGCACUUCCAUAGUAAUCAUUUCAUUAUAACAAUUUUAAACAACAGUACAAGGAUACAGCUACUUCUCUUAUAAAUAUAUUAAACACACUAAAUAGUCUGACAGCCGUUUAGAGCUGUAUUGUCAGGAUCCAGAAAUAACUUUGCUUUUCGUUUCCUAUGACAGAUUUCUGAAUCAGGAAUUACAUUUCAUCAGUGCAAUCGAGUCUUACUGUAAGGUACCAGAUUGUGAAACAGCCAAAGCCAUCAGUCUCUCUAACAUCACUUUGAUGAAGAAAGCAUUGCUCAUGUAAGAUUAGUCAGCUGGUGAGACGUCAUGUUUCUGUGUGGGGAUGAGGAAAGCCCUGAGAAAGGGAUCUGACUGUAUGAGUCACAGCGCCGCCGAGUUGCUCACAAAAAAAAAAAAAAUUACGUUAUUGUGCACAUACCAUUUUUUUCUUUUUAAAAAAUCAUAUCUAUUUUUUAGCUGGUUGGUUCACUUAAAGUCUGUUUAUAUUGGGGUUUUUUUUCUGAAAUAUGUAUGGCAAAACCGAAUGGAAGAAUGUGGCUGGCACAUUGUAGCUCUGCUCAUCUGUGGUGCAACAUCACAAAAGGCAAAGCAGUGACUGACCGAUGAAUGUCUGGGUGGCAUGCACGGCCCAGUGGAAACAUCUGUCGUACGCAUGAACCUUUGUAAGAAAAUAGACCGUGAAGUCAAACUCCAGAUAGGCUUUGCCCCAGAACGGGCAACAUUAAUAAAGGUGGGCCACUGGCUUACAAAAAGAGACUGGAUCAAAACCGAGCAUAUGGCUGGACCACAGCUACAUUUAAACGGGAGCUGUUUUGACCUCAGUUUUGUGAACAGCGGCUGUACUAGACAGCAGAUUUCAAACCCUUAUUGUUUAAAUAGCACUGAUUUAUUCAUUUUAUGGUAUAAGUGACUUUUCCACAGCAUGAUAUGGCUCAACUUCUUCUUUUUUUUCAACUUCUUUUUUUGUGGUUUUCCAUAGGGCUAAAGAUGUGCAUAGUAGGCCUACCUGGUACUUUAUUUGCUCCAAGCGAGCUGAGCUGAUACUGACAGGUGACAUGAGAGCACUGCAGACCCCUGCAGGCUGUAUACACUGUUUGUCUAUUGAAAAUAUCUGAAAGAAUACGUGACUUUAUUUCUAGUAGAUUACAUCUUAAUUCACCAUUUUAAUUCACCACCUUGUUUUAGUGUUUACUCAGAAACUAUUUUAAUCUGCUCCCUUUUCCCUUCAUUUCUCUUUCUCAACCACCCUUCCACACACACACACACACACACACACACACAUACACACACACAAACACACCUGCACCUAUACUUACGCCUCCGCUCUGCAAACACAUCAGCUUGCCCCACCUCUUUUUAUCUCUGUGUCUCCCUGUGCGUGUCGGUACUUUCCUCAUCAGAAGGGUGUUUUAUAAAGUCGCCCACACAACUUGUGUCUCGGCUUGUGUUCACCCACGGAUCUGCUUUCAUGACAGCAGGUGAGCCAUGUGUGGUGGCACCUGUGUGUGCAACCACAAAGUGGCAAAGUGAUCCGUCUGGAAUGAGCUGCAGUCAAUGAGUAAAACCACUGUAAACGCCCCCUGAGGACCAGAAAAGUGUUAG